AUGAAGUCCUCUCUGUCUCAGACUCUGUGUCCAGAGUGUGAUGAAGACCUCUCUGUCUCAGACUGUGUCCAGAGUGUGAUGAAGACCUCUGUACUCUGUGUCCAGAGUGUGAUGAAGACCUCUCUGUCUCAGACUCUGUGUCCAGAGUGUGAUGAAGACCUCUGUCUCAGACUCUGUGUCCAGAGUGUGAUGAAGACCUCUGUGUCUCAGACUCUGUGUCCAGAGUGUGAUGAAGACCUCUGUAGUGUGAUGAAGACCUCUGUGUCUCAGACUCUGUGUCCAGAGUGUGAUGAAGACCUCUGUCUCAGACUCUGUGUCCAGAGUGUGAUGAAGACCUCUCUGUCUCAGACUCUGUGUCCAGAGUGUGAUGAAGUCCUCUCUGUCUCAGACUCUGUGUCCAGAGUGUGA